AUGGCGGACGAGAAAUACGAUACUACCGAGCAGCGCGAGUUCGCGCCACCGGCCGCAAAGAUGUCGGCCGGUCGCUACAUGGCAACGCGCAUCCCCACUCUCAAGCCUGCCCACGACAAGGUCGCCAAUCCCAUCGCGCUCCUGCGUAUGCUGAAUCUCCAGCAAUGGCUCUUCUUCCUGGUCGCUUUCGUUGCUUGGACCUGGGACGCGUUCGACUUCUUCACCGUCUCCCUUACCGUGGAAGAUCUUGCCGAAACCUUUGGUAAAACCAAGGCGGAUAUCACAUGGGGUAUUACAUUGGUCCUCAUGCUGCGAAGUGUGGGUAGUAUCAUCUUUGGCCUGGCGGCUGAUCGCUAUGGAAGGAAGUGGCCUUUCAUUAUCAACAACCUACUCUUCAUCGUGUUGGAGUUGGGCACAGGAUUUUGUUCCACCUACAACGAGUUCUUGGGAGUGAGGGCUUUGUUCGGCAUCGCCAUGGGCGGAUUAUACGGAAAUGCUGCUGCUACUGCCCUUGAGGAUUGCCCUGAGCAGGCCCGUGGUAUUAUCUCCGGUAUGCUACAACAAGGCUACGCAUUCGGUUACCUACUAGCCACCGUCUUUACACGCGCGUUCGUCAACACCGUCGGUCACGAAUGGCGACCGCUAUUCUGGUUCGGUGCAGGCCCACCAGUUCUGUUCAUCAUCUUCCGUCUCUGCCUCCCAGAAACGAACGCUUACCUCGAGCGUAAGCGGAUACGCGAAGAACAGCCCAACGCAGCCAAGGUCUUUGCUCAGGAAGGCAAGGUUGCGUUGAAGCGCCAUUGGCUUUUGCUGGUGUAUCUUGUCUUGCUUAUGGCGGGCUUCAACUUCAUGUCGCACGGAAGCCAGGACCUCUACCCGACUAUGCUGAGUAACCAGUACAACUUCUCCUCCAACCAGGUCACUGUCACACAAGUCGUCGCCAACCUUGGCGCCAUGACCGGUGGUACCGUAGUCGGCUAUUGCUCAUCCAUUUUCGGUCGCCGUAUCAGCAUCGUCGUCAUGUGCGUUAUCGGCGGCGCUCUACUCUAUCCCUAUACGUUCGUCUCCACGAACGCCGUCAUCGCCGCAGCCUUCUUCCAACAAUUCUGUGUCCAAGGUGCUUGGGGCGUCAUCCCUAUCCACCUCAUGGAACUCUCGCCAGGAUCGUUCCGCACCUUUGUCGUCGGUACAUCUUAUCAACUCGGAAACCUUGCUUCUUCUGCCUCAUCGACUAUCGAAGCGACUAUUGGCGAGAGAUUUCCACUUCCACCGAAAGGCAAGACAACCCGUUACAAGUACGGGCUAGUGAUCUGCAUCUUCAUGGGAUGCGUGUAUGCGUACGUCAUCCUACUCACGGCUUUGGGACCAGAGUAUCGAGGUAGAAGCUUCGAUGUGGCUGCCGACGAGGAUAUGAAUGUUGUAACUGGUGCAGAUGAUGGCAAGUACGGUGCGAGACACGAUAGUGAGGACGCGGAGGCGAGAGAGCGUGUGUAG